UAGUUGUAUUCAUUUAUUUUAUUUUUUUACUUGAGGCAUUAGUCGAAAAAAUAUUUAUAUUUCAAGUGAACGCAUGCUUCCAGGUAAUAGGUUUGACUCUCUUUAAAGUUCGAAUCUUGUCGCUACAAAACAAUACUCCCUUCCGGGUUUACUGCCGUUGCUAAGCGACGCCAUUGCAAUUGCUUGGCCCGUAAUUUCUUGAUUUUUCUCGGGUAAUUUAAAGGCAAUGGAGAUCGUUCGCGAGUACACGAAAGCCCGUAGGGACUUGGGCCGCCAAUGUCUUUUCUCUGACCGAUCGGCGGAGCUGUUAGCAGAUGUCCCUCCAGACCCCAACCUGGCGCUGCAGUUUGUGCCGAGAAUGAGCAGUCUCCAGGCGCUACAAUGCUCCCGAGACAUGUCCGAGCACCAGGUGAACACAGAGAGGUUUGAAUCUGAGAGCUGUGGAAUAAACCAUGUGGAGGGAGGGUGGCCCAAAGACAUCAACCCCCAAGAGAUGGAACAAACCAUUCGUUUCAGGAAGAAAGUUGAGAAGGAUGAGAGCUACUUGAACAGUAUUAUGCAGCUCGGCGGUGUUAUCCGCUACUGUGUUGUGCAGAAUAACGCAGUGGACAUCUAUCAGGAGUACUUUGAGGAUGAAGAAUUGGAGGAUGACAUUCAGGAGCCACCAUCUGCUAAGACCAUCAAUGUGUUUAGGGAUCCGAACCAGGUGAAGCGAACCGUCACUUGUCUGUCAUGGCAUCCCGAAGGAGGCAGGAAGUUGGCCGCUGCCUAUUCAUGUCUGGAGUUCCAGAAAGCAUCUACAGACAUGACCACGGACGCGUACAUCUGGGAUAUUGAGAAUCCUAACAAGCCUGAGAUGACCCUGAAGCCAGCAUCUCCACUCAUCUGUUUGGACUACAACCCCAAAGACUCACACACUCUAGUCAGCGGGAGCUACAAUGGACAAAUCGUGUUCUGGGACACCCGCAAAGGCAGCCAGCCAACGAAUGUUUCUUCUUUGGAGCAGAGUCACAGGGACCCUGUCUAUAAGGCCAUCUGGUUACAAUCCAAGACCGGGACAGAAGCCUUCUCUGCCUCCACUGAUGGACAGGUUCUAUGGUGGGACGUCCGCAGGCUGAGUGAACCCACCGAGCGGCUGGUUCUGGACCUAGGUCGAGAAGGGAACCUGGACAGGGCCUUAGGAGCCAUUUCUCUGGAGUUUGAAGCUACCAUGCCAACUAAGUUCAUGGUGGGGACCGAGCAAGGCAUUGUUGUGUCCUGCAACAGGAAGGCGAAGACCCCAGCCGAGAAAAUUGUCUGUACCUAUGAGGGUCACCAUGGACCUGUCUACGCUCUUCAGAGGAACCCUUUCUUCCCUAAAAACUUCCUCACAGUGGGGGACUGGAGGGCUCGCAUCUGGUCUGAGGACAUUAAGGAGUCGUCUAUCAUGUGGACAAAGUACCAGAUGUCAUACUUGACAGAUGCCUGCUGGAGUCCUGUCAGACCCUCCGUCUUUUUCACUGUGAAGACAGAUGGCAUGUUGGACAUCUGGGAUGUCUUGUUCAAGCAAAACGACCCAACACUGAGUGUCAAAGUGUGUGAUGAAGCUCUGUAUAGCCUGCGGGUGCAUGACAACGGACGUCUGGUGGCUUGUGGCUCUCAGCAGGGCACCGCUACAAUACUGGAGAUCUGCUCAGGACUCUCCAGCCUUCAGAAGAAUGAGAAGAGUCUAAUGGCUGAGAUGUUUGAGCGUGAGGCAAGGCGCGAGAAGAUCUUGGAGGCCCGUCAGAAGGAGAUGCGACUGAAGGAGAGGAGUCGCUCCGAGCAGAGCAGAGAAGACCACGCGGGCCAAAACGGGGCGGACCAAGAGGAAACUGUUGAGCAGCUGAUUGCCAGAGCUGAGCAAGACUUUUUCACGAUAGUGGAGGCGGAGAAGAGACGGCGGGAGGAAGAGAAUAAGCAGCUUAGCUCAUAGGCGGCAGUCAAAGAAAAUCCAAUUGUUGAACUCACCCUAGCGUGAAGCUUAGCCAUCAGUUCAUUCAUAAUCUUUUUUCAAACGUGGACAUUAAGCGGCUUGGCUAAGAUGUGUUUUGUUUUUAUGCGGGCAUCCUCUGUUUUUUGUACAAACACUACAAAAUAAAUAUUAUGGCUUUGCUCAUACUCAUACACCUA